ACCUAAUUAAUAUUCAUGAGCCGAGUCCUUCCAUAGUAUGGUCGGUCGUUAGCGUGUCUCCAGUUGCGGGAUUUCCACCCGUCGUGUAGAAAGAGUUUGACGGGUCAAGUCGCGACUGCAUCCCGGUUUUAUUGUCACAACGAGGCGUGUUCUGUAACUGAUCUACAACAACAGCAGCUCGGUUGUUCUUUUACUUUCUGUCGCUUUUGCCCUCGCUCCGAGUGACUGACAGACAGCGCGCGGGACUCAGACCUACAGGAAGCCGAGAAACCACAAUGGGACUGAAGACAGAAGGCUGAAGACUGGUGUGUGUGACUGGAAGACCAUUGAGAUCAGAGGUCAGCAGAAAUGGUCCUGACGCAGGAGAACGUCCCGUCCGGUCUGUUGGAGGCGUGUGUGGUGCUCGGAGUAUCGAACGAACGUCUGAAAGAACUAGGCCAGCUGCGGGGGAAAGACAAGGAGGCUGUGUUGGAGGCGGAGGUGCUGCAGGUUCACGCUCCGCCGUUCGUGACGAAGGAGAGCUCCAGUAACGGCAGCGAACGCGGCCCCGCUCCGGCCUUCAGCAGGGCCCAGCGGAGGCGCUCCUUUAAGAAGAAGAGAGAGCGGCCGCUUUCCACCCUCAGCGGUUCUGACCAAACCAACGAGGCGCCGUCGGACGACCUCAGCGUGCCCCAGAACAUCGACCUGAUAGCCCUGCCCCAGCUCUGCUUCCCAGAUGGGUUGAGAAUAACCAAUGAGAGCAGAGAAGACCGCUUUCACUUCCUGGUGUUCACGGAUGUGUUUGGGAACCAGACUCACGGCGUGGUGGCUCAGUACUGCAAACCUGUUCAUUUCCAUCCAGAUAAUGGGAUUCAUCAAAACGACCAUCGGUUGAACAAACUCCAGCGUCUGUUCACGACAUACAGCAUCUGCAUCAUCUCCAAAUAUCCGUAUUACAACGCUCUCAGAGACAGUCUGUCCUGUUUCUUGCUCCAGCUGAAAACGUCCCGUAUGUGUGAGUUCGAGGAGCAGGUGAAGGAGUUUUCUGCCAAGCUGGCGCUGGUUCCCAUCCCGCCUCCUGGACCGCUCCAUGUGGUGUUCAGUCUCAGACCGUUGCAGAUCGAACUUCCCUCGCGGCUGGAUGUGGAUCGGCCCGUCAUAGACCUCGAUCUUCACCUGCCCUUUCUCUGUUUCAAACCCAAACAGUUCCUGCAGAUCAUCAGCAGUAUCCUGAUGGAGCAGCGGGUGGUGUUUCUGUCCACGGACUGGGCCAAACUCACGCUAGUCGCCGAAUGCUUCACCAUCUUCAUUCACCCGCUGCGCUGGCAGCAUCCGUUCGUGCCCGUCCUCUCUCACCAGAUGCUGGACUUCAUCAUGGCUCCCACGGCCUACCUGAUGGGCUGCCACACGCACCACUUCGAGGAGGUCGCAGAGGAGUUGGAUGAACUGGUUCUUAUAGACAUUGAUCAAGGAACGGUGUUGUCUUCAAGUUCAAACACACUCGAGCUUCCAGAUGUGCCGCUGACGGCCAGAGAUUGCUUUAUAUUUCGAGUUAAAGGACUGCAGCUGCACUAUGAUCUGGACGCGUGUCGCGCCGGCAGCCGUACUGAUAUCAACGAGCUGCGCUCUCACAGGAGACAGUGGCAGCACAAAGUCAACUCCCUCAUCCUCGACGUCACCACGGAGCUCAUCGUCAACAUCUUCAGUGAAGUUUGUGACUUCCUGAACUAUGAGCAUCGCGUUUUCAACAGCGAGGAGUUCCUCAGAUCCAGAGAGAUGACCGAUAGCGAGUUCUACAAGAAGGUUUUAGACACUCAUAUAUUCCACUCAUUUCUACGGGACCGCUUGAACAGAAAGAACGACGCGUUCACUCGCAUGCAGCUGAACGUCCGCUCGGAGACCCGCAGGAGAGCCAUGACGGAGUCUCCUCGCAAACCCACGAUGGAGGAGAUCCGUAAGUAUGUGAGAGCAGAGAACGGCCUGAACAGCAGGCUGGGGGUGAGUAUGCCGAACCUGGCCGACCCCCGCCUGCUCACCGUCCCGGUCCGUCAGACGUCCAUGAGGACCGUGUCUUUCCCGAACGUUUCCUGGAGUCCCUGCAGGCCAAUCAAAACCUUUAAACUCCCAGAGUUCCCUCCUCCGCUCGCCUACCAAUACGUUCAGAGUUACUACAAUGACCUCAUCAAAGAGUUGAGCAAAGCCAUCACCACGACAACUCCAGAUGACUCCGCCCUCCUGGCCCGUUAUUAUUACUUACGAGGGCUGGUGAACUCUGUUGCCGGGAAGCGCGUGGAUGCCCUCGGAGACUUUCAGAGCUUGUAUAAGACGGAUAUGGACAUCUUUCCUAUCGAGCUGCUAAACGCGCUGGUCGAUUCUCUGCUGGCGGAGGAGAGGAGGACGGCUGAGAGACGCCCCGAUUUGAAGCGUCUGAUCAGCCGGGUGAAAAGAGAGAACGAACGGGAGCGGGCUCGACCGAUGGAUGGUGGGACGGUGAAGAGGUUCGAACUGCCCAAGAAACACUUGCAUGCGGAGGACUUUGUGCGGCGCGUUCAGGAGUCGGGCAUCGUGAAGGAUCAGGGCACUAUUCAACGGCUGUUUGAGGCGCUCACUGUGGGUGUGGAUUCCCCUUCGCAGUCUGUGUUUUACCUUGAGCUGGAGGGUCAGCAGAAGCAGGUGGAUCCAGAGACCUUCUGCUUCUUCUACAACCUGUGGAAGGAGACGGAGGCGGCGGCUCAGGACGUGGAUCUGCCGGUGGUGGUGCUGGAGCACCUGGAGACGGACGAGUGCGUCUACAAGCUCUCGUCAUCGGUGAAGACCAGCCACGGCGUGGGGAAGAUCGCCAUGACCCAGCGCAGGCUCUUCCUGCUGACGGAGGGCCGGCCGGGAUACGUGGAGAUCACCAAGUUCAGAGAUAUUGAGGACGUGAAGAUAUCGUCCGCUCCUUUCCUCCUGCUGAGGAUCCCAGCGCUGAAGAUCAAAACCUCCCUCAGGAAGGAGAUGUUCGAGGCCAAUCUGAAGUCGGAGUGUGACCUCUGGCACCUGAUGAUCAAAGAGAUGUGGGCCGGGAGAAAGAUGGCGGACAGUCAUAAGGACCCUCAGUUCAUGGAGCAGGCCCUGACUAACGCUCUGCUGAUGGACGCCGUGGUCGGCUGCCUGCAGUCACAGAAGGCCAUCUUCGCUGCCACCAAACUGGCCUACUUCGACAAGAAGAAGCUCGAGGUGCCCAUGAUGGUCCCUAAAACAACAUCUGAGACCCUGAAACACAAGAUCAACCCGUCUCUGGACCAGACGUCUCCUCUGGCCGUGGACGUCCUGCUCUACACACCCGGUCAGCUGGGUGUUUCGGAGCUGGACGGUGGAGGAAACCCGAAGCUGUGGUGUGCUUUGAGCGACGGGAAGGUGCUGGUGUUCGACGCGGCCAGCUGGUCCAUGCAGCACAACUCUGUUCAAGUGGGAAAGUCCCGUCUGAACUGCAUGCUGGCGGUGAACCAGCAGCAGCUGUGGAUCGGCUCAAAGGACUCGUUCAUCUACAUCAUAAACCCGCGGAGCGUUUCCUGCAAUAAACAGCUGACGGAGCAUCGCGCCGAGGUCACUGGACUCGCCCUGGAGGAGAGGACCGACAAAUUCAGUCCGACGGUGGCGUACUCGUGCAGCGAGGAAGGCGGCGUGAUCGUGUGGGACGUUUCCACGCUGCAGGUCCGGCGGCACUUCAGAGUCUCCUGUGAGCGACUGCAGGACAUCCAGGUCCAGGCCGGCAUGCUGUGGUGCUGUGGCGGUGAUUGUCUGCUGGAGGUGCGCAGGAACGGCACGCUUCAUCGUAAGGUGUCUCUUCCGGAUCACCUGCUGAGUUCACCGAGGGGCUUCAGCAGUUUCCUGCUCUUUAACGAGGCGGAGCGGCUGUGGGCCGGUUUCUCCGACUCCAGUGAGCUGUGUGUGUGGCACAGCAGAGACCUGAGCCAACCCUGCUGCAGGAUCCAGCUCAAAGACUGCUCCGGAGUCGUCUGCAUGAUCAAAGUCAAGAACCAGAUCUGGGUGGGCUGCCGCGGGAAAACCCGCGGGAAGAUCUACGUGGUGAACAAGGAUCGGUACGCGGUGGAGAAGGAGCUGCUGGCCCACGACGACAGCGUCCAGGCUCUGUGCUCGGCCGAAGACCGCUACGUGCUCAGCGGAGCCGCGAGGGCCGACGGGAAAAUCGGCAUCUGGAAAGUUGAGUAGUGAGGCGUAUCCUCGAACCAAAUGUGAAAAUGAAACGCUGCCAAACGGAAAACGGUGGACGUUUACAGCCAGAACCAAGAAAAUCUCAUACUCGUGUGUCAUUUAAAGGAACGCGCUUUUCGUUCUCCAACCGACAGCGCUUUUAGCAUAGCUUAGCAUAGAUCAUUGAAUCCGAUUAGACCAUUAGCAUCGCGCUGGAAAGCGACCAGAGUUUUGAUAUUUUUCCUAUUUAAAGCCUGAGCAAACUUCCUUGAUUAUUACUCCACAAUGAGAGUAUAGUUCCUAAUCGUAUCGGCCUUGAAAACCUCAAAAAAGCCGCUCUUAGCAGACGAUAGAGCUAAACAGGAAAAAUAUCAAAACUCUGGUCGCUUUCCAGCGCGAUGCUAAUGGUCUAAUCGGAUUCAAUGAUCUAUGCUAAGCUAUGCUAAAAGCGCUGUCGGAGGACCCCGGAGAACAACUGAAUGGAUUCAAAAAACGGUAAAAACUCGACUUAUUAACUCUGGGGGAGUAUUUUCACGUGUUAAUUUGCUUGUUACACGAAUAUGAGAUGUACAUAUGAGGACACUUUAUUUCAUCAUGACUCCUUCAGUGUUAUAUCAGUAUUUAUUUAUCCCGUUCACGUCUGAAUGUGAUUUAUAAAGGAUUUCCCGUAGACUGCCGUUUAAUGAGCUCGGGUCCAAAAACAGCAAGCUGCCGGAGAAAAUGUGUCUUAGCGCACAAACCUCUGCGCGGUGAAAGAAAGUCUUGUUUUCACUGCCUUACGGACCUGUUAGCUUCACUUGGCGCUCGCUUUAUGAAGGACGUGUAUUUUGUAUAAGUGCGAAAGCACGCAUGAAUUUGUAAAGGGAUGAUUGUUUGGUUACCCUGUCGUCUUUGAAUAAUCAACACUCGGUGGCAUUUUAGAAAUAUAAAAAUGCACUUUACUCUCCAACACUACUUAUUUUAUAAUAAAAGCAUCGUAGGAUGCAUAACUUCUCAGUAAGGGAACGAUCAGGCUCAAUGUAGAGUCAGUUUUUACUGCUUCUGAAUGUGUUUGUUUCAUAUCGGCAAUUUCUGUAUAUAGUUUCUGGUGUAUUGCAUCUACAUUUUAAGGGUUUUAUACUGAAACAUUUUACUUCUGCAUUUGUUUGUAAAUGCUAUUUUCGAAGAGUGGGAUUUAGAUGAUCAUUGCAGAUUUAAACUGAACAACGGCUUGUGUAUUUAUUGUAGAAAUUCAUAAACGUCUCUUGGUUUAAACGCUGUGGUCUUUCUUCGACCCGCCGCUAGAGGGCAGUAGAGUCGCUCGCGUUCUCAUACUAGCACACUCAUUACUGCACAGCACACGUGAAACAAUAAGCAAUGACUAACUCUUUAACAGAAAAAUACAAAUCGAGAAGCAGUAGUUUUUUAAAUAUCAAUGCAUUAAUAUGUUAAGUGUCGCCAGUGUGAUCAAAUAAAUCCAAAUUAUAAAAAUGGCACCGAGCGCGUUGCAUUGUGGCAUAAUGCAUAAUAUUUUGCUUGUUCUGGUUGCAUCAUCAGCAUUUAUGUUUUUAACCGCAUAAAAACGUGUGCCGGAAAAAGCGUGGCAUCUCGACUGUUGCAAUGCUUGCUUUUUUUUUCCUCGUAUGGAGGUCUCAGGAGAGCAGGGACAUGUUUCGCUUCACAGAGAGCCGCUGAAGGCUGUGAAGUCCAUCUGCGGAGUGAGAUUAUGCUUCGUAAUCUUCAUCUCCAGGGAUCAGGAGUCAUGGCGUUUAAUCCCGUCUGAACCUCUCGGUGUGUUGAGGAAUUACGGCCAGCUGUGAUCAUUCAUCUGACCUAAAGAGCAGAGAUACAGACGCACCACUCGUAGUUUUUCAUGCCUCUCUAUUUGCAAACCUAUUAGAAAACAGACAUUUAAAAAUAUGGAUUGCACAAAAAUGUCAAAAAUACAUUCUCACCCUCGUGUAGUUUCACAUCUGCAUGCCGAUUUUUUUAUUAUUAUUAUUAUUUUUUUGCAUUUAUUUCUUUAUGCCUUUUAUGGAUGAUUGUUUAAAGCAGGUUUAUUAUAAUUAUGUAAAACUAAAAUAUGAAAUAAAAUUUGUUUAAUUUUUAAGUGAUUUUUUUAAAUGUUAACUGAAUUAAAAUAAAAUAUAUAAACCCUAAA